GGCGCCACCCCUUGGACGCUUGGACACCAACACCUCUCCCGUUCCGUUCCGUUCCGUUUCUCCUCCCCCCUCCCCCACCUCCAAACAAUCCCCAGCGCAGAAGCACGGAGCUUCUCCACCGCCCCGCGCGAAUUCCGAGGCGCCCCCUCCGAUCCGCCCUCCUCACCGCGUUCCUAGGGUUAGGGCUCCCCGCCCCCGUCCUCCCCGGCCUCCCGACGCGGCCCCGCCACGCCAUGAGGGUCCACCCGGCGCCGCGGAAGCGCACCAUCGCCGUGCAGCGCUGCGCGGCGGCCGCGGGCGCGCUCGGCGGGAAGAAGCUGCGCCGCCUGCCGCACAUCUUCGCCAAGGUGCUGGAGCUCCCGUUCGCGGCCGACGCGGACGUCUCCGUCGAGGAGGACGCGGCCGCGCUGCGGUUCGUCGCCGCCGCCGUCGACGGCUUCUCCCCCGCGGGCGCCCGCGCGCACGCCGUCGAGAUCCACCCGGGGAUCACCAAGGUCGUCGUCCGGGACCUCGCCUCCGGCGGCGGCGGCGGCGGCGACGACGACGGGGCCGCGGCCUUCGAGCUCGACCGGUGGCGCUUCCGCCUCCCGCCCUGCACGCGCCCCGCCAUGGCCACCGCCACCUACGCCGAGGGCGAGCUCGUCGUCACCGUCCCCAAGGGCGCCGACCCCGACGACGGCGACGGCGACGGGGCCACCGUCCUCGGAGGCGCGGAGGGCGUCCUUGUGCUUGUAUAGUAUAUUUGUGCCAUGACUUGACUGUUUUGCUGAUUCGCCUGUUUCUACUACUGCUGAUAUCAAUAUUUAUAUCAUGCGAGAUAAUGAUGAUGAUAAUAUGCUGCUGCUGAUGAUAAUAUGCUAAUAACAGAGCAGUGAGAGUAUGAACAAUGGAUGCGAAUCACCGUUUGCUUUCAA